AUGAACUUUGAUGAUUUGACAGAAGAACAGAAGCAGCAACUAUAUCUUCAGCAUUUACAACAGCAGCAACAAUUACAGCAGCAACAACAACAACGACAACAACAUGCAAACUCUCAUUAUGGCCAACAACAGAGCCGCCAACAACAGUACCCCCCACAGCAACAGGCACACUCGUUGUCGCACCAUGACGACAGCUAUAUGGACGAGGAUACAACCCAGAUAAUCGAAGAGCCGCCAGUUCAGCUACACGAGCAUUCACCGGUUCGCGCCAAUCAACAACAGCAAUAUUUAUCAGCCCCAGAUCAGUAUGCGCUACACACGGUGCCAUCGCCGAAGUUUGCCCAUCUGGAAAGACUAGAUGGUGGUGAAUACCCAAACCACUAUAGCAAUGGUCGAGGCGUGCAAUUUAGUUCUAUUGAUUCAAUGAAUUUCCAGCCACCAGGAACCCAGUUUACUCAAUUGAAUAACCAGAGUAGUACCAAUCUUUCUGAGAUUAGUAGUGGUCACUCGGUAUUAUCGAAUUCAUACUUGCCUUUACAUGAUAAGUUGACGCCGCCUGUACAGCAAUCUCAAGCUCCAGCCACUACAAUUCAACAGCAGCAGCAGCAACAACAACAACAACAACAACAACAGCAGCAACAACAACAGCAGCAACAACAACAACAGCAGCAACAACAACAACAACAACAGCAACAGCAACAGCAACAACAACAACAACAACAACAACAACAACAACAACAACAACAACAACAACAACAACAACAACAACAACAACAGUACCAUAGCCAACACCAAAACCAAAAUCAACACCAGCAUCAGCAUCAUGAGCAGAGCGUCAAUAAUGCAUUCACGCCGUUGAACUCGCGUGGGUUGGAAUCGGGCGGUUCGCAACAUCAGCAAGCACCCGAGGCUUCGAGUUAUGUCUAUUUCAACCGACAACCACAUCUCUUACCUAUUGAAGUGCAAGAUCGCGGCAAGGCCAUCAAGUUGAAAAUGGAAGAUUUUUAUAACCAGGCUAUUACUCAUGCCGUGGAGAGAAAUCUGAGACGGUUGGAAAUGGAGCGUAAGUUGAUUAAUGAAGGCGCGGGGAUCUCGGAGGAGCGCAAGAAUAGACAUAUCCUGAACUACCACAAGAAGGAAACGCAAUUUUUAAGGUUGAGAAGAACGAAAUUGGCGUUGGAAGAUUUCGAAACGAUUAAAGUUAUCGGGAAAGGUGCGUUUGGCGAAGUUAGAUUAGUGCAGAAACGAGAUAACGGAAACAUUUACGCGAUGAAGACCUUGUUGAAGUCUGAAAUGUUCAAGAAGGAUCAAUUGGCUCAUGUGCGUUCGGAAAGAGACGUGUUGGCCAAUAGUGACUCGCCCUGGGUGGUUUCGUUGUUGUACUCGUUUCAAGAUUCGCAAUAUCUUUACUUGAUUAUGGAAUAUUUACCCGGAGGCGAUUUGAUGACGAUGUUGAUUAGAUGGCAGAUUUUUACUGAAGAUAUCACCAGGUUCUAUAUGGCCGAGUGUGUCUUGGCCUUGGAGGCCAUUCAUCGGUUGGGGUUUAUCCACCGUGAUAUCAAGCCCGAUAAUAUCUUGAUUGAUAGACGUGGUCACAUCAAAAUCAGUGAUUUUGGCUUGUCCACGGGGUUCCACAAGACCCACGACUCCAACUAUUACAAGAAGUUGUUGGAAGAGAACCCUAGUAACCCAUUACAGGCCAAUCAGUUGACCGCUGCAGGUUCCUUGAAUGGGAGAAACUCCAUGAUGGUUGAUGCUAUACAUUUGACAAUGUCGAAUCGACAACAGAUGCAAACGUGGAGAAAAUCCCGAAGAUUGAUGGCUUACUCCACGGUGGGGACCCCCGAUUAUAUUGCACCUGAGAUUUUCGUGCACCAGGGGUAUGGCCAAGAAUGCGAUUGGUGGUCGCUUGGAGCGAUUAUGUUUGAGUGUUUAGUUGGGUGGCCGCCUUUUUGCGCCGAGACGCCUCAUGAAACGUAUAGGAAAAUCAUCAAUUGGCAAGAGACGUUACAGAUACCCGAUGAUGUGCAUUUAUCGCCAGAAGCAGAGGACUUGAUUAAGAAAUUGUUGACUUCAGCUGAACAUCGACUUGGGCGUUAUGGAGGAUCAGAUGAGAUUAAACAGCAUUCCUUUUUCCGAGGUGUGGACUGGGACACGAUUCGUAAGGUUGAUGCGCCGUUCAUCCCCAAGCUUCGCUCGAUUACUGAUACGAGGUUCUUCCCUACUGAUGAGUUGGAGAAUAUUCCCGAUAACCCUGUGUUGACCAAGGCGAUGGAGCAGCGCGAGUUGGAUGCGAAGAAGGGCGGCGCUGGCAGAAACCAGAACUCUAAGGAGGAUUUGCCGUUUAUUGGUUAUACUUAUUCGAGAUUUGACUAUUUGACAAGAAAGAAUGCUAUUUGA